AGUUGUAGAUUGAAAGUUCUAUAUGAUAAGGUGAUUCAUAAUAACUGAUGGACAGUAAAUAUAAAAGCGAGAACAGAGCAGACAAAAAUAGGGAUUUUACCUUAUUUAUAUAGAAACGGCCUAGUAAAAGUUCUAAACGGCAUAUACCAAAGUCUAAUUUAAUGGCUCAAUGUAAUUUAGAAAAACUUUUACUCAAAUUAGGGUGCGAAAUUGGUUGCUUAUGGAAAUUUAAAAAAAAAUUACGCAUUACAAGCCGAUCGCUUGAAAAAUAAAGAAUAAAAAAUUUCAAUUCUGAAAUCACCUAACUCACCAAACAACUGUUGUCUACAUAUUUCCUCGGCAUACCAUUCCAAUUUCAUAAUGAUAAGGUGGGUUGAACGUGGUAUUAGUGGUGGUGUUCUUCCUAUACCGACAUAUUUUCUAACUAGACCAUCGGUACGAUACUUUAGUUCAUCUCAUAUACCUUUCAAACAAGUUGCUGGCCCCACAACCAGUGCUGGACCUAAUACAUUCCUCGGUAGAGAUUCGAAUAAUUUAUCAGUUGGGUUGGUUGGAUUGGCCAAUGUUGGUAAAUCUACAAUAUUCCAAAUCUUAACCCAACAGACUCAAAUUGGAAAUCCCGCCAAUUAUCCAUUCGCUACCAUUGAUGCCAUAAAAUCGAUCAUUAAUAUUAAACUGCCAAUAUUAGAUCAUUAUCAAACUAUUUUCCAAUCUGAAAAGAAGAUCGAAUCGAAUUUGAUGAUUUGGGAUAUUGCUGGUUUGACCAGAAAUGCAUCUAGUGGGGAAGGGUUAGGAAAUCAAUUUUUAAAUGAUAUUCGAAAUGUAGAUGGAAUUAUGCAUGUGUUACGAGGAUUCCAAGAUGAAGAGAUUAUUCAUAUUGAAAAUAAUGAAGUUGAUCCAAUUCGAGAUUUAACCAUUGUGAAUGAUGAAUUAAUCUUGAAAGAUUUAGAAGUGAUUGAGAAUAAUCUUGAUCGAUUAAACAAAUUAAAGAAAAAGCCUGUCCAUGGUCAUAAUGUUAAUAAAAUUGAAUUAGAAAAUGAAUUUAAAGUUUUUGAAAAAUUACAAGAUUUAUUAUAUGAUGGAUUAAAGAUAAAUCAAGUUGAAUGGGAUAAUCCUGAUGAAAUUACCAUUAUUAAUAAAUAUCAUUUCUUAACGGCAAAACCUACUUUAUAUUUAUUAAAUGUUAAUGAACAUGAUUAUAAAACUCAAACCAAUCAAUAUUUAUCAGAUAUUCAACAUUGGCUUACCAAGAAUAGUCCUCAUGAUAAAUUAUUAAUGAUUAGUGCUAAUUAUGAAUCAUCAUUAUUAGAACAAGAAGAAUUAACUAAUUCAACCAUUGUGAAUGAAAUCAUUACUAGUAUGAAAUCAGCAUUAAAUUUGAUUUCAUUUUAUACAUGUGGUCCAAAAGAAUGUCAUCAAUGGAAUCUUCGUAGAGGUAAUACGGUUCAAGAAGCAGCAGGAUUAAUUCAUACUGAUUUACAAAAGACAUUUAUAUCAUCUAUUGUUUAUAAAUGGGUUGAUUUAAAAAAUUUAGAUUUAUUCAAUGAAAGUUUAAUCAAAAGUCAAGGUAAGCAAUAUAAACAAGGUAAGAAAUAUUUAGUUGAAGAUGGUGAUGUUGUAAUUAUAAAAGCUGGUAGUGGUAAAGCGAGAUAGAGUAGGUAAUAUGAUAGAGUUCUAGAAAAACUGUAUAUAAAUGAAAAUUACUGUAAAUAGUUUAAAAUAAAAGUUUGG